AUGGUUUCAGGCCUUGCCUGGCUGGGCCGAGGGCCGGUUCCUCAUCGCAGCGUCAAGACAAGGCUCAGAGUACGCGCGGCCGGUUCCCUGAGCCAGCUGCCAGAGCUCUCUAAGCUCUUCGACUACUUGGAGCAAAGUGGCGCCAGCGGUCUGCAGGAUGUGGAGCCACGUGCAAGCACGGACUCCGCUGCCGGCUACGGGCUGUUUGCCAAACGGCCUUUUCGUCGUGGCGAGCUCGUGGUGUCCAUCCCACGGGCAGUCUGCCUGCGCGCCAGCGAGGAAAGCAGCGAGCUCUCCGCUGACCUGGCGGCUGCCGCCGCGCUUCUUAGAGAGAGGGCGAAGACAGACUCGGUCCACAAGGCCUACCUGGAGACCCUUCCGGCCAUCUCGGCGCAGCGGCACCCUGCCACGUGGCCGGCUUCUCGCAGGUGGAAAGAGUUUUUCCAGGGAAGUCCGCGAGGCUUGCGACGAGUUCGACUGGCGAGGAUGCGUGCUUUAGCAGCUAUCGACCACCUGCGCAACGACCUCACGGUGAGUGAGGAGCAGACUGCUUAA